UAGUAUAAAUUGAAAUGUUGGUGUUACAAAACGACAUAUUUGUGUUAAUCGUUUAACCCAGUAGCAGAUUACAUUUCUACAGCUGCAAUAUUAUGAGGAAUUUUCAGGUUACUGUGUGUAUGGUACUUAUCAGUACAGUAUUCUCUAAUUCAAUAGAUAUUCGUCACAGAGCAAAACGACAGGCUAUCUAUCCUUAUAGUUACGGUGGAUAUGUCGCAACUGCAGCUAAUCCUGCAGCCCAACGGUAUCCCACGAACGUUAAUGCAGCUCAAUAUGCUACAUCUGUAGGAAAUCCAGCCAACUUGUAUACUUCGUACAGCUCUAUGGCAACCAACCAAGCUCCCCAGACAGUCAAUGUCCAGCAAUAUUUAUCUAAUGUCAACCAAGCUCAACCUCAAGCAAACUUUGCUUAUCUGAAUUAUGCCACAACGGGUAACGCGGCUGCACAAACGACAGCGAAUGCAGCAGCUGUUAACGCACAAGCAAACAACGCAGGUGGUGGGAAACAGCAAACGAAUAAAAACAAUGCAGCGACAGCUUCAAAUGUCCAACAAGCCACGGCUGUUAACUCUAAUGUGAACACGGCAGCCAAUAUGCAACAGGUUCAGGCAAACGUUGUAGCUUCCGCAAACCAGCAGGCACCAACCGGUACGACUUAUGUAUACAAUAACGCAGCUGCCAACCCAGGGCAAUACUUAGCUAAUGCUGCCCUUGCUAAUUACGUCGCAGCAGUUACAGCAACAAACCAAGGCGUUUCUACAUAUGCUAAUGUCGCAGGCGCUACUAACACAGCUAAUCAACAGGUAAAUGGUGCUAAUGCUGCUAAUCAGCAAGUUAAUGCUGCAAAUCGACAAGUUAAUGCUGUCAACCAACAAGUUAAUGCUGCUAAUCAACAAGUUAAUGCUGUCAACCAACAAGUUAAUGCUGCCAACCAACAAGUUAACAGUGUUAAUUACGCUGCUGUAGUGAGAAAUGCCGCCGGAAAUCAACAAUCCUCCUCAGCAGUGACAGCAGGUCAGCCAUCGUACACUUCGUAUGCUAAUGUGCCAGUAAAUCCCUUGAUGGCUUACGUAGCUUAUGCAUCACCCAACACAGCUGUAACAUCAUCAAAUGCUGCUAGAAACACGGUAUAAUAGAUAAUUAUGUAUUUGAACUCUAUUUCUUUAAAAUAGUGAUAUGCUGACUCCUAAAUGCGGCUAGAAACUCCUAGCUUAUGCAUGACCGAAUACAGCUGUGACAUCCCUAUCUGCGACUGGAAACACCGUGUAAUGAAUAAUUAUAUAGUUGAACCCUUCAUGAUAUAUACAUAUCCGUGUAUAGUGUAUUUUAAAUGCUAAAUACUGAAACAUUGUUCCUCAUGAAAAGUGUAAAUGUUUUGCUUCAUUAAUUUUUGUCUAUUUUUUUCUAUCAAUAAUUAAAACACCAAGGCCAUUUGAACCGACAUGUCGCUUGGUUCCUUGAAACCAUGUUGUAAAGACAUUUUCCAUUAACGACAUAAACAUUCUAUGUGCACAAAGAUUGAGAUAGCUAAGCUACUCCCCGAUACGCAAGUCAACAGCGUUAAAAAGAUGGCAAUACCGAAAACUAAGUCAAAUCCAGCAGAACAAGUAGGUUAUUUCCUGGAUUGAUAUAGUUGUGUGCAAUCUGGUGCUAUUUAAUGACUUACUACUAAACAAAUGAAGAUAGACACAUGCCAUACAAUAUGCCAUGAGGAACACUUUGCCCUGACAGGGACACAACGGCCUAUUAUUAUUUCAAAUUACGGAGAUUUUAACAUGCUUCCGGGGAUAUAUACCGGACCUUGAAUAUCCGCCCACACGUCUUGCACCACUUACGAGGGGCAACCAAGCUAGAAAACCCUGGAACCCCGAAACAUCCUGAUUAGGGAGCAACGCCUUCCCCACUUAUUCAACGUUUCUAACAGCGUGUGGGGGUGUAUUGUGGGGUUGGUGAGAGGUUGAUUUGUAUUAAACUCAUUUAGAUUAAAUUUGGUUCCACAGUGA